AUGUUAGUUCUUUUUACAAUAUUUAACAGAGGAGGGAUUGUUCUUUGGGAGAGGUCUUUUGACGUUUUACCAUUCAAUAUUAUAAAUGACUUUAUUAAUGAUAUCUUUAUUGAAGAACAAAUGUCCAAGACAAUUUAUAUAAAAGAAGAUUUUGCAGUAAAAUGGACAGUAUCUAAUGAUUUUGGACUUGUAUUUGCAGUUGUGUAUUUAAGUCUUUCAGAAUUGGUUUAUGUUGAAGAAUUUCUUGAAAAUAUUAAAAAGCUUUUUUGUCAGUUAUAUAAUGAAGAUCUUAAAAAAAAGGACUUUUUUUCAAAGAAUUUUAGUUUUGAUUCAUAUUUUGAUGUUAAAAUUGAUGAAUUUAAUGCUUUAAAUACAAAGAAACUUCCAUCUUUUGCAUCAAAAAAAGAUAUAAUUACGGAUAAUUAUUCAUUUUCUAAGGAUUCAGAGGAGAACAAUGAUAUUGCUCAUCAACAUGUUCAGAUGUCAAAUGUUUUUGAAACAAUGAAAACAAGAUUUCCAUUAAAAAAGGACCUUCAUAAAAGGAAUAUAAGUAAAAAUACUAAGAAAAAUAAUCCUAAAAUAAGCAAUUUAAGUAAUAAGGAAUAUGUUAAAAAAAACAAAAAGGUCAUGCGUAAAUGGGAAGAUGAUUAUAUUAUAGAUAGCAAUUGUGAAGCAGAUACUUUGGAUUAUUCUAUUGAACCUGAAAAAUCUUCUGUUUCAAUUCAAAAUGAUAUAUUAGAUUUAUCUAAAGAAAAUCUAAGCUCAAAAAAUGGAAAAGUUUUUUUUAUUAAGGAAAUUGAUGAUGAUAAUGAUGGAAUUAAUGGUAAAAAUGAUAAAAAAGAACCAAAUACUUGGGUGUUAAAUAUAUUUACGAAUCUUGUUAAAAAAAGAGUUCUUUCAUUAGAUGAGAUCAAUCCGGCUUUAACAAAAAUGAAAGAAUUAUUAUUGAAAAAAAAUAUUGCAAAAGGAGUUGUGGAUAAUAUAUGUGAAUCUGUUCAGAAUAAUUUAAUUGGGAAAAAUGUCGGUACUUUUCAAUCUAUUCAUACUAUUAUUAAAACAACUAUGGAAUCUACUCUUAAACAGAUUUUAACUCCAUCAGCAUCUAUAGAUCUUCUUAAAGAAAUUGAUGAUUCUAAGGCUCAAAAAAGGCCGUAUACUAUUUCAUUUGUUGGUUUUAAUGGCGUUGGAAAAUCUACUACGUUAUCUAAAAUAGCAUUUUGGCUUUUAAAAAAUCAUUUAAAAAUUCUUGUUGCUGCUUGUGAUACUUUUAGAAGCGGGGCAAUAGAACAACUUCAGGUUCAUGUAAGAAAUUUACAACAAUUAUCUGAAAGGGAAAAAUGUGGAAAAAUAGAAUUAUUUGAAAAAGGAUAUGGGAAGGAUGCAAAUAUAAUAGCAAAUAAUUCUAUUUUAUAUGCAAAAAAGAAAGAAUUUGAUGUAGUUUUAAUAGAUACUUCUGGAAGACGCCAUAAUGAUACACGUCUUAUGUCUCCACUAGAAAAACUUGUUACUACAGAAAAUAUUGAUAAAGUUUUCCAGGUAGCAGAAGCCUUAGCAGGAGCGGAUGUAGUAUCUCAGGCUAAGAAUUUCAAUAAUGCUUUAGGUUAUAAAAGAAAAUUGGAUGGAUUCAUUAUUUCUAAAAUGGAUACUGUUGGAAAUGUUAUUGGAACAAUAGUUUCUAUAACAUGGGCUACCGGUAUUCCAAUUAUAUUUAUAGGAAAUGGUCAGACAUAUACUGAUAUUCGUGUUCUUUCUGUAUCAUGGGCUGUAAAAAUGUUGAUGAAUUAACUAUUUAUAAAUUAUAUACCUUAU